UUUUAGCUGGGUGGCUGGAAAUAUCUGUUUAAAAUAACGAGGCUGCAUAGGGAGGAUCUUUUUCUCGUGUCUCUCUCCCUGCGUUCCCUUUAGGUAACCGCUGUGCUGUAGCUCCUGUGUGCGCGCCUGGUAAUGAGAGGCAGGGAGGCAGCCUGGGAAGCGCUGGCUCCGCCAGUGGGCGUUUUCUGGCGGCCGGGGCUGGUACUGGAAGCGGCACUGCAGUGAUUUUAUCUGCCUCUUUGCAGACGCGCACGCACAUACGGGGCAAUAUUUGCCUCGCUCGAAGAAAAUACAGGUUGUUGGCGUUUUCUUGCUUUGAAUGCGAGGUGGGAGCAUGAGGAAAAGCGGACUUUAAAAGGGGAUCGGAACCGCUUGGCGGUCAGUAGCGCCCUGUCCCCUCCGGCCUAAAGGGGGAACGGAAAUGUGAGGCUUUUAUGAGGGCGGGGAGCCGGGGUGCAGAGGAAAUACUGCCCGGGGAUUGCUGGAGGGAACGAAGGACCGAACCGCGGGUGCCCCUCGUUUGGCUCCGUCCUUUUUCGGCUUCCCCUUUCGCUUUACUCCAGUAUCUCUCCUAGACGUCCUGCCUUAAACUACCGUGAAAGGGAGGGAAGAGCGGAAGCAUGUCCAACCCGGAGAAGCGGAUCUUAUCCCGCCCCUCGGCCCCCCUGUCUGCAGCACCCGGGGAAAAGCCCGGCUCCGGCAGCCGCCCGCUCCACUCCCAUGGCCAGAGCGGCGGAGGUGGAGGCAGCGGCGGGUCUCCUCCUCCUCCCCCCGCUCCUGGGGGCGGCUCGGCUGCCUGCAGCUCCCUCUCUCUCCUCCUAACAACCACCAGCAGCAGCAGGAGCCGCGCUGCAGGGACAGCCUCCUCCGCCGCCUCCGCCAGCAUCGUCCCCAGAGCGGCAGCGGCUCCUUUCCUCGCUCCAAUCCCCUCCUUUUCCUCCGCUUCUCCAUCUUCUUUUUACUUCUUGCCGCCGCCUCCUCGUUUCCCCUCCUCGUCUUCCUUUAACCUCACAAGUCUCCAAGGGAGGGAAGGAGGAGGAGAGGCAGUGAGAGCGGCAGGAGGAGGAGGAGGAGGAAGAGAUGUUGGCGGAGCAGCAGCAGCAGCUCACUUGAUCGCCCAUCCAGGCGGCAGCGGCAGGAGGAGACUCUUCUGUUCUUCCUCCAUCCAGGGCUUGCUGCUCCGUUCCGCAGCCGGCGGCCCCCGGCAGCACCACUCCCGGCUCCUCCUCUCCCCAGCCGCUUCUCGCCCGUGGUCCUGCAAUUCCCUCGGUGCUGCAGCAGCAGCAGCCCGCGGCGACGGGAUCCGAGGAGGCGACGGCCCCGGCGGGAGCAGGACUCCUAGGCGGCAGCAGCGGCAGAGAGGCGCCUUCUUCUCCUUCUCGUCUCCCCUGCUCCUAGGGCCAGACAUGGAAGAUGGAUCUAAUUCUGCAAGCUGCUUUAGGAGGUUUACGGACUGUUUCUUGAACACAAGUUUAACAGAUGAAAAAGUGAAGGCCUAUCUUUCUCUUCACCCCCAGGUACUGGAUGAGUUUGUGUCAGAAAAUGUAAGUGCAGAAACUGUGGAAAAAUGGCUAAAAAGGAAAAAUAACAGACAGGAAGAUGAAUCGACUCCUAAAGAAGUCAGCAGGUACCAGGAUACGAAUAUGCAAGGUGUAGUGUACGAAUUGAACAGCUACAUAGAACAGCGCCUGGAUACAGGAGGAGAUAACCAACUACUUCUGUAUGAACUGAGCAGCAUCAUUAAAAUAGCUACAAAAGCUGAUGGAUUUGCACUAUAUUUCCUGGGAGAAUGCAAUAAUAGUCUGUGUGUAUUUACACCACCAGGAGCUAAAGAAGGACAACCACGGCUCAUUCCCGCAGGGCCCAUUGCACAUGGCACUACAGUAUCUGCUUAUGUAGCCAGAUCCAGAAAAACGUUGCUAGUAGAAGAUAUUCUGGGGGAUGAGAGAUUUCCCAAAGGUACUGGACUGGAAUCAGGGACUCGUAUCCAAUCUGUUCUGUGUUUGCCAAUUGUCACUGCAAUUGGUGAUCUGAUUGGUAUCCUGGAGCUUUACCGUCACUUAGGCAAAGAAGCUUUCCAUCUUAGUCACCAAGAGGUUGCAACAGCAAAUCUUGCCUGGGCUUCAGUAGCAAUACAUCAAGUACAAGUGUGCCGGGGCCUUGCUAAGCAGACUGAACUGAAUGACUUCUUGCUUGAUGUAUCGAAAACGUAUUUUGAUAAUAUAGUUGCAAUAGAUUCUCUACUUGAACAUAUAAUGAUAUAUGCAAAAAACCUGGUGAAUGCAGAUAGGUGUGCACUCUUCCAGGUUGACCACAAAAAUAAGGAGCUGUAUUCAGACCUUUUUGAUAUUGGAGAAGAAAAUGAUGGGAAACCUGUCUUCAAGAAGACCAAAGAAAUAAGAUUCUCAAUAGAAAAAGGAAUAGCUGGUCAAGUGGCAAGAACGGGAGAAGUCCUUAACAUCCCUGAUGCCUAUGCAGAUCCACGCUUUAACAGAGAAGUAGACCUCUACACGGGUUACACAACCAGAAAUAUCCUGUGCAUGCCUAUUGUAAGCCGAGGAAGUGUAAUAGGUGUUGUGCAGAUGGUGAACAAAAUAAGUGGAAGUGCCUUCUCUAAAACUGAUGAGAACAACUUUAAAAUGUUUGCAGUCUUUUGUGCUUUAGCCUUACACUGUGCUAAUAUGUACCACAGAAUUCGCCAUUCAGAGUGUAUUUACCGUGUAACAAUGGAGAAGCUAUCCUACCACAGUGUUUGUACAGCAGAAGAGUGGCAAAACCUCAUGCACUGUACACUGCCUCCACAUAUUUAUAAAGAAAUUGAACUAUACCACUUUGAUAUCAGUCCGUAUGAGGAUGUCUGGCCUGCCAUUUUUGUCUACAUGGUUCACCAGUCCUGUGGGACAGCCUGCUUUGAACUUGAAAAGCUAUGCCGAUUUACUAUGUCUGUAAAGAAGAAUUAUCGCCGUGUACCCUACCACAACUGGAAGCAUGCAGUUACCGUUGCACAUUGCAUGUAUGCCAUACUUCAGAACAACCAGGGGCUUUUCACUGAUCUAGAGCGAAAAGGUCUUUUAGUUGCAUGCCUGUGCCAUGACCUGGAUCACAGAGGUUACAGCAACAGCUAUCUUCAGAAAUUUGAUCACCCCUUAGCUGCUCUCUAUUCUACGUCAACGAUGGAACAGCACCACUUCUCACAGACUGUGUCCAUUCUGCAGCUGGAAGGGCACAAUGUCUUCUCCAAUCUGAGCUCCAGUGAAUAUGAGCAAGUACUUGAGAUCAUCCGGAAAGCCAUCAUCGCCACGGACCUUGCCCUGUAUUUUGGAAAUAGAAAACAACUUGAAGAGCUGCAUCAGACUGGAGCAUUAAACCUUAAGAACCAAGCACACAGGGAUAGAGUGAUUGGUCUGAUGAUGACAGCUUGUGAUUUGUGUUCUGUAACAAAGUUGUGGCCAGUUACCAGACUGACAGCCAAUGAUAUAUAUGCAGAGUUCUGGGCUGAGGGUGAUGAAAUGAAGAAAACGGGUAUUCAACCUAUUCCUAUGAUGGACAGAGACAAGAAAGACGAAGUCCCUCAGGGUCAGAUUGGGUUCUACAAUGCUGUAGCCAUCCCAUGUUACACGACACUUGCACAGAUCUUUCCUCCAACUGGGCCACUACUCCGAGCGUGCAGGGACAAUCUCAACCAAUGGGAGAAAGUAACAAGAGGUGAGGAAGCCUCUAUAUGGAUUCCCUCCCAGUCCCAUGCUCCUGGGACUUCAGAUUCACUUCCUGUGAAGAUUGAUGACUGAACAGCAGCAACAGAUUGCUUUAACUCGAAAAGCAUCCCUUCUUGAUUUGGGGGUUGGUUUUUUUUUGUUUAGUUUCAUUUUUAUUUGGAGAAAAAAAAAAGGAAAAGCUACAAAACACGAACUAAGAAGCAGAUCUGCCUAUGAAGGUAACACCCAUGGAGUUACCUCAGCUCAAUGACUCUGGCAGCCAAUCUCCUGACCUACACCAGUGACACAACGUGAACGGAGGGAAAACGACAACGCAGAUGUUUUGGAAUCAGCUAUCAAAAGAGAACUUACGACUUGUGAAUAUAAAAGACUGGUCUUAUCUCAUGGGCUACAUUGCUGAGGCCUUAAUUUAAAACUGAUGGGGGGGCGGGGGAAAUCUUAGCGGGUACUUCUAAAUUGUAUCUUUCUAGUAAGGGUUUCAAUGGUACUUUUAUUAUACCGUACUGUGGCUGGCUUUAACACCGGUGUCACUUGGGAGUUCUUGGCUAUAAAUAGAACAAUAUACCCAUUGCUAUUGUGAAUGUUUAUGUGUGAUCUACUUGUAAUCAGUUUGAACUCCAGCAGAAUCCUUGGAGACUCGUAAUUCAUGCUUAGGUUACAGUGAAUUCUCUUGCUGCAAACUAAAGGAAAACCAACAUUCAGGUUAAAGUACUUCAUUGAGCUUCAUGAUGCAAAUUGUCUGUCACUCGCAAGGCAAACAUUGAAAGAACUAGUGAUGGUGCUUUGUUCUUCGGAAUGGUUUAUAAACCCAGAUGACUCCUCCCUUAAAACACUGGAAGUAUACUGGAUAUUUAUCUCCAAUAUGACAGAGAGUUUCAGGUUGGAGAUUUUGUAUCCGUAGUGACAGAAGUAUCAGAUUAAAAUUUAAAUGUGACAGCAAAGAUUUCCUUGCCUAGCUCACAAUUAAGUAAAGUCAUCAUUUUUAUUUCUACCUGCUGAGUUGUAUUUUAAAAGGUAUUAGAAACAUACCUGAAGUAUGCUAUCUGCUGGGAACAAAAGCCUCGUCAGAAAAGUCAGGUCUGAUAAGAGGGAUUGUAGUACCAUCAUAAUAAAUCAAAAAUGGUUUUGUAUUCACUAGCUUUUGUGUUGCACAGUAACACUGCAUGUCUUCUACUGCUCUUUUUCACCAUCCCAAGAUAAGUGAAGUUAGUAAAAUUCUCCAUCUGUCUGUUUGCUUUCUUCCCCUAGUUCAGCAAAAUUUCCAGGCUUAGAACUGCCUUUCUCAGUGAAAGAAUAGCUGACUGAAGAAAAGUACUCUAACAUAUUAUGUUUACAGUUCUGUGCUGACAUAGGCUUCAGCCUUACAAACUUAUGCACAGACUUUAAGACCUUACAUUCAAUGCCACUCUUAAAUUCAGUGCAAUUGUACAGAGUAUGUUUCAACAACAGUUAAUUUGCCUUCAUCUUUCUCUUAAGAACAAUGAGGAAAAAAAUUAUCUUCAUAUUAAUCCACACAGUAGGUGAAAACACAGUCUUUGCAUACCUUUCACAUACAGCCUAUACUACAUUAUAUGCUUUUUCACAAAUAAUAGUGGUUCCAUGAUAACAUGGCCAUUUGUGUAACUGCAACAAAUAAUAGUAGUGACUUAAAGACAGAACACAGGUUCUCUUUUUCCAUCUCACGUCUGUUGAGCUGUAUUGCUCUAAUAAGCAUGCCAUCUUAUGGGUUUCAUGUAAAUGACUUGGACUCUUGAGUUUUGCCUUUUGUUAUGGUCGAGCACAUUCCAGUAUCUGAACGUGUGUACAGUAUGUGAUACAUAAUCACAUAAUGUAUAAAUGCACCUAAGCCUUUGCAGUACAUAAAUAUCCCAGAAGUUGAGAAUUCAAUAUGAAGUUAUCUUAUUUGUAUGAUACAGGUUCCUAGCAGCAGCCCCAUCAUUUUUUUCAGUUUGCUUUACCAAUUCUAAGUGCAGAAAUUCAUGUUAACCGCAGCAAACUAUUUUGGAAUAAAAAAAAAAAAAAAGGCAGGAAACAAUUGCACCAAAGCAGUAUCUCAUGCUGUGUCCUCUGCUUUGCUCCUUAGCAGUUCUAACUAAAUCAUUCCGAUGCAACCUUUCAUCUGCUAAGUACUUAAGAUAUGUCCACUGUUCCUAAUUUACAUGGAAAUUAUCCAAAUCUAUGGUGACUACAAAAAUGCUCUCUGAAAUUCGGAUACCCCAACAACUGGAUGGAGUGUUUUUCCUUCGUGGGUUAAGUAUAUUUGCUGUUAUUCUCCCCCUUUGAAUGCUGAUCUUACUGCUAGAACUGAUCUCGCCCCAGAUCAAUAAGAAUGUACAAAAAACCUCACAGAUCUCUCCUUUCCUAGAAGUGUUAGACUUCAUACUCCCUGAACUGCAUUAUUUUUGUUAGUAAUUCCAAUUGUGUUUCCCUUCUAAACCCAGUAAAGGUAAAAGGACUGUUUGAAGCCAUACCUGAGCAUUUCUAAUGUAUUAUGAAAUUGUGCCUGAAAGGUAUGUGCUAAGGGAGAGAAAUAGUUGACAUGGCAUGAUACUCAUCCGAGAUGUUGCAUAUUUUAUUAUAGCACUGACAGACACUCCAUUGUUAUAAUUAAUCUAUGAAUUUGGUACGGUAGUGCAACAUUCUACUGAAUGGUUCAACUCAUGGCAGUGUUUUUUCUUUUGUAAGUGACCAUUAGAGAAAUAUAAUAGUUUGGGGUUUUUUUGGUAGUUGGAGUAUAUGAUAGAAGAUAUUUGUCUUUUGGAUACGGAGGGGACAUGCAGCAUGGAAUUCAUCUUUUUAUGUGGCACAGACUUCUUUCAUGUGUUUAAACUUAGAACAGUGUGAUCGGUUUGGUGUGAUUGCAUUUAGUGUAAAAUUGUAGGGAUAGGAAAUAGCACUAUUCGUGUUAUAGCAUAGAGAUUGUUAGAUGCUCAAAACAAUUAUGACCCUCUUGAAAUAAUGCAUUUGCCUCAAACACUGUGAUACAGGAACAGUUCUGUGAAGUGGAACAAUUAAUUUGUUCACUCUAAACACAGGAAAGGCUUUCUGCACACUACUACAAUGAAGUUCAUGUUCAAACUUUAGGUUAUAUAUCCCAAUCUAGCAAAGGCACAUCACAACUCUUGUUUUGCUUUCUGACCAAAAACUGUGCUCGAUUGUAAUACGGGUGUAUACUCUGUCAAAAAACCUAAAAUAACGGACUGCUUUCUAGGGUAGAUCAAACUGAUUUGUAGAUUCAUAUAUAUUCAAGAUUCAGGUUGGGCUGUUAUGUGAAGAAGAAAGAACUUCAAGGUAACAACAUUCAACUUUACUACAUUUAGUGAGCUGAGAAAUUUGUUUUAUAUAUAUAUAUAUUUACACACACAUAUAUAUAUAUAUGAUACAUAUAAACUAUCUUUGUAAAAAAAAACAAAAAAAUAUGCAAGUGCAAUAAUUUAAAGAGGUCUUAACUUUGCAUUUAUAAAUUAUAAAUACUGUACAUGGUGUGUAAUUUUUUUCAUGUAUUCAUUUGCAGUCUUUGUAUUUAAAAAAUGAACCUAAACCUUUACUAUUACGUUUGUACAAUAGAACAGUAAGCAUUUAUUAUGAUAUAGUUAAGUUGUAAAUAAAUUCACAAACCAAACAGCCAGAACAUAUGCAUAUAUGGGUGUCCUAUUGUGAAACCUGUUUUUGCUUUUAAUGCUGGCUUUAGCACAGCAACACUACUUCUGUGGAUAUGUAAUUAUACAUAUAAAUAUAUGUAUGAUACAUAAAAUAUAUUUAGAAAUGUUCAUAAUUUUAAUGGAUAUAUCUAUACAUAUACUUUGGUGUGAAUAUUACUGAAUACAGAGUUUUUUAAUAUUA